GUAACAGUGAAACAAAUCUCGGAUACAGGCCUGGGUGCUGAUCUUCUCUUUCACCUUUCAAGACAAACAUGCUUUUCUCGUCUCCCCUUUCAUCCUUCCCUUGCCCGGUCCUAAUCGGCUAUCUUUUUCUUUAGCCUUUUCAACCUUAAAAACAAACUCCAUUCACUUCCCUUCAAUUCUUUGCCCCACUCACUCCCGCCUCCAAUGGCGACAUCCUCCUCUGAUUCCUCACCCUAUUUCAGCUUCUUCUCCCUGUGCGUGAUGGGUAUGAUUCUGUUCUCUGCCCCCUUUGUUGCUUCUCAGCCGCCUCUGGGAUCGCCGGAGCAAGAAGCUGUUUACCGGCUUUUGGAGUCCAUCAACCCUGACAUCCAUUGGCGAUCUGUCUUCCCGGACGAUCUCUGCUCCACAGCCCCGCACGGGGUCGUUUGCGAUUUCUUCGCCGCAGGCGAAGAUAACAGCUCCUCGCCCACAUUCGCCUCCGCCGCCGGCGUAACCUCUCACAUUACGGAGCUAAACUUUGGGUACGUUUCUGACUACUCUCCCAACCCGCCGUGCAGCCCCAAAUCCGCCCUCCACCCUUCCCUUCUCACACAUUUCACGCACCUGCGGAAACUCUUCUUCUACCAAUGCUUCACAGAAACCAACGUUUCAUUCCCGGAUCUCUCUUCCCUAGGAUCGACUCUCGAAGAGGUGGUUUUCGUCGACAACCCGGCUUUGUUCGGUUCUUUGAAGGGCAACAUUGGGAAUCUGAAGAGCUUGCGACGGUUCGUUCUCACUGGAACUAAUGUUUCCGGGGAAAUUCCGGCCGAGUUUCGCGACUUGUUUAACAUAGAGCAAGUAACCCUCUCCAGAAACAAACUCACCGGAAAAGUUGAUUUCCCGGCGUUCCGAAAGCUCAGGGUUCUUGACCUGAGCCAGAACGAGUUCUCCGGCGCCGUCCCGGGUAACUUCGGGAACUUUACCCAGCUCCUGAAACUUGACCUGAGCCACAACAGGUUUUCCGGCGAAAUCCCGGAGAGUCUGAGGGCGUUAAAGGAACUGGAAUUUCUUGACCUGAGCUACAACAAGUUUUCCGAAUCCGGGGUGCCGGCGUUUAUAUCGGAGUUGCCCAGAUUAAAAGAGGUCUACCUGAGCGGGAAUAUUCUGGGAGGGGAAAUUCCGGAAAUAUGGAAAGAUAUGGGGGCUGUUCUGGCAAUAGGAUUAUCUGGAAUGGGGCUAGUUGGGAAAAUUCCAGUUUCUAUGGGGGUGCAUUUGAGAAAUGUGAAUUACUUGGGGCUGGACAACAACCGCCUGGAAGGGACAGUGCCCGAGGAGUUUGGGGCAUUGGAAUUUGUGAAUGAGUUAAAUUUGGAGAACAAUAAUCUGAGUGGGAAGGUCCCCUUUUCUCCAAAGUUUGCCACUAAAGUUGGUGAGAAGCUGAAAUUACAUGGAAACCCCCACCUCUGUGUGGGUGAAGGGCAAAAAUCUGCUAAACUUAGUGGCAGUUUGGGAAAACUCAAAUUGUGCAGCCAACCCUACCCUCCCAAACCUGUCCCUCUCCCUAAUGCCACUCCAAAGUUGCAACAUUCUUCUACUGCUCUGAUGAUUAUUGGGGCUUUGUGUCUCCUCAUUUAGGGGCAACCUUGACAUUUUGCCAUGAAGAUAAGAACAUUGAUCUGAUUAGUGCCCUGUUCAUAGGGAUUUUUUUGGGCAUUUUUUUCCUUUUAAGUUAUCAAUGUCAUGAAAAGUGAAUAUAUGAACCUUGGUUUGAGAUUUUAGUGCAUUAACUUUGUUAUUGUUAAGUGCAUCAAAAUUUACAUUCUUAUUCUUAUCAUAUAUCUCAAUGUUCUUGGUUGAAAAUGGAGAAAUGUAUGUAGCUUGUUUCAUAGAAUAGUUUUUAGUUAAUUGGUGUUAGUGAGGAGGAAUUAUUAGUAGUGUUAUUCAAUUCUA